CUGCAGAAAUAUCAGCUGUUUGGAUGGUGUGAUUUGACAAGAAAAUCAGAGAGGAACAUCACCGUCGAGAGAGUGUAGCGAACCAGAACUUCCUAUUCUUAGCUUCUCUUGGAAUGCUUUCUUUACGAUACUGUCUGCCUCUUAUUCCGACAAGAUUGGAAUCAAUUGAAGCGUCGAAGAAUAAGUGUGCGAGGAGAUAUAUUAUAUGCGAGCUGAAAGGGCCGCGGCCAAGAUAUCGUCGAGUCUGGAAAAACAAAAACGAGAAUAGGAACCAUCUCCAACGCAGCCAAGCUAGUUGACUGUGUAAGUAUCUCCUCCCCUUCCAUCCUGCUUCCCUACGACGAAUUUGAUGCUGAAAUGAAUGAUUGUAUUCAGUAAAUUUCACAACUAGAAGAACUGCACCCAUGUAUAAGAUGUGUUGUUGGGUCUUUGGCGACAACCCGGGUUGUUGGGAUGAAUUGGUUCUUGAGCCAUGGAAUAUGCUUGUUGAUGUACUUCUGGCUUGUGUGGUGUGGUCAUGUAGAUAAAGGGAUUGUCGAACUUGAAGGAGGAAGUGUAUGGUACACUUUGAUUCCUUUGUUGCUUGGGACUUGGAGUUCCCUCUGAUUACUGUAAAGAAAACAUUGGGGACUCUUGAGCAUCAACAAGAAUGGAAAUGGAUUAUUCAGGUCUCUAAGUGGAUGCUAAAUAAAGGGCAAGGGAGGACGAUGGGAACAUAUUUCAUCUUAUUGAGUGCAUUAGCCGAGGAUGAAAGGCUCGGUGAAGCUGAAGAGCUAUGGAAUAAGUUGUUCAUGCGAUAUUUGCUAACAUGGAAGAACAGGGCGUCCAGCGUUUCAAUAGUCAACAUGAUCUGGACUGUUUUCCAGCAUCGAGGCACGUUGGACAAGUACGAGAAGUUGAAAGCCAAGUACCCUCCGCCGAAAUGGGAGUUCAGGUACAUCAAGGGGAAGCGUGUGAGGAUUCGAGCGAAGCAUUAUCGUGAAUAUGGGAGUGAGAGGGGAGGGGGGAAUAAAGCGGAUGCUAGUCUUGAUGACUCUAGCGAGAUGGAGAACAAUGAGAACCCAGACGAAAACAGCAAUGAAGAAGAGACUAGCCUCGGCUCGAAUGAGUUUGACGAUCAACUGGGUAUAGACUCAGACACCAAUAGUAUAAGUAGCAGUAGAAAUGAAGGUUGGAGCAGGAGCGAUGAGGCAGCAUUUGCAUCAUAUCAGUAGUCCAUGGAAUUUGUUGAUGCCAGUUGAAGCCUGUAACGUCUUGAGAUGAGGGCCAAGAGUUGAUUAUUUCGGACUUUGAUAAAACCCGCACAAGAGGAAAUCUGAUCGACAAAGAAACUGUAAGAGUUGGCCGCUGAAUCGAAACCUGUUCAUGUCAUCAUUGUGCUGGGCUGCUGCCUGCUGGGGCUCAUGUGUAGAUGCAAAACCAAAAUCAUAGUUUUGGUAGAGGCAUAGGAACUUUUGAAAGGCGGUGGGGCAACAGAAUUCAUGUAUUCCAACUGAAUAGUCUAGUCACCCUU